AUGAAUUCCAAACAUUACACUACAGUCGGAGGAAAGAGAAGGAAGCAUCGCGAUCCGGAUGUGCCUCAAGCCUUCAUCCCGGAAUUAGCUUGGUUUAAAGUGAUGUUAUACGUGGCAACCAACUCAUCGGAAGAUCUCUUUCGUAUGGCAUGUGUGUGCCGAUUGUUCAAUACGUUGGCAAACACUCCACAAGUGUGGAACACAAUUUCAAUGGAAAAGUACCGAGACCAUCCUAACUGGUACUAUGCCGCAGAGCAGGUCCGGCAUUUCGUGGGACCAAUGCAGGGCUUGCCAGAACCCUGA